UUAUAUAAUAAUAAUAACCUUUUAAAAAGAAAACAAGAAGUUUUAUGAAUCCUGCAAGAAUCCUUUUUGAGUCAUCACCAAAAUGGAAGUUGAUCAAGAGAACCUCGUGCCGUUAACGCGCUCUUCAUCUCAAUCUAAGAAGCGAGCCUCCGUCACUCACUCUUUUCUUCUGCAACCUCCCUUGGCCAAGAAACGAGUCGUUCUUGGUGAACUCACCAACUCGCCCGAUAUUGGGUCAGAUCAGAACCCAAAAUACAGAUCCAAGAAUGAGAGAGACCCAAGUAGCAAGACGAAGCCAACAUGUGAACUGAAAGAGGAAAAUAAGCAAGAGCCUAACGAUAUUGUUAUUGAUGAAAGCUUUGGCGAUUUGAACAAGUGCUCUUACUCAUCUUCUAUAUAUGACCAUCUCCGCUCUUUGGAGAUUGAGGAGAAAAGAAGGCCGUUGCCCAAUUACAUGGAGGAGGUGCAGAAUGAUAUUAAAGUGAAUAUGCGGGAAAUUCUGAUGGAAUGGUUGUUGGAAGUAACUGAGGAAUACAAACUUGUUUCCGACACCCUUUAUCUUACAGUGUCAUACAUUGAUAGAUUCCUCUCUUCUCAUGCUAUCAGUAGGAACAAGCUACAACUUCUUGGAGUUUCUUGCAUGCUUAUUGCCUCAAAGUAUGAAGAGAUCACUCCUCCACAUAUUGAUGAUUUUUGCUACAUAACAGAUAAUUCUUACACCAAGGAAGAGGUUGUUGAGAUGGAGAAAGACAUACUUAAAUUGUUGAAAUUUGAAAUUGGUACUCCCACUACAAGGAAUUUUCUCAGAAUUAUAAUGAGAGCUGCACAUGAAAAAUGCAAAUAUCAAGACCUGCAAUUGGAGUUUUUGAGUUGUUAUCUUGCGGAGCUAAGUUUGCUGGAUUAUGGUUGUCUACAUUUCUUACCGUCAAUAGUCGCCUCAGCAGCUAUUUUUCUUUCAAGAUUCAUGAUCCAACCAAAAACACAUCCUUGGAGCAAGGCACUGCAAUGUUACUCGGGUUAUAGACCAAUUGACUUAAAGAGAUGUGUCCUUUCCAUCCAUGCCUUACAUCUGAAUCGAAGAGGAAGUUCUUUGAGAGCUGUGAGAAAAAAGUAUAUGCAGCAUAAGUUUAAGUGCGUGGCCAUGCUGUCUUCCCCUUCAGAAGUCCCUGAAUGGUAUUUUAAGGAUGUUGAUGAAUGAUGUUAGGGAAGUACAUUUUGAAGAAGUUUCUUCCAACAGUUUUUGCCAAAUUGGACGAUGAUAUCGUUUUCUUCUGGUUCAAAGUGGUGGUCUUGUCACUUGUUCAGUGUUCCAUCGUUUCAGGCAAAGCCUAGCAACUUUUUUUGCCGGCAAAGUCAAUAGUUCUGAAACUGUAUUAAAUUU